GAUGACGAGCCUGUCGCUGUUGUCGUCUGGGAUGCAGACCAUGAUCAGGAAUCAAAGGACGGGCAGAAGGGGAACAAGCCGCGGUCCGCUCCUUUGCCUUCAAUUCCGAACAUGGCUGACUUGGCACAGGCUAGCAAUGUGGGCAGAGAUAUUCGCCUCCUGCCUCGAACCCCGCACGUCAUACCUCAAAUCUCGGCGUAACGUGACCACAGUCGCCCAACAGCCGUACGACGACGCCGGUAUCUCUCUUCUAGAAUUCGCGUUGCUCGCCCAGACGGCAGCCCGGUUGUACCCGACGCUGCCUACGGUCGGCCUGCCCUGCAGGUGGACAGCACACGUCCUCUUCCGGGCGAUGGCGGCUCUCGCUUCCCAGCCUUUGCCAGCAGCGUACAUAGGCCGGAUCAAGGGGUUUGAUGAUCGACAGGUCGACCUUGUGGUACAGGAGACGAACCGCGCUAUGAGUGAGCAUAGGACGAGGACAGAUGUGGAGAGGUUGGAAUGUGGCAUGGGAGUGGAGAAGAAGGUUCGGGAGAGGGUGAUGUUGAUUGGGCUGAGCUCGGCGAGGAGGGCAGCGUGAGAGAGCAAGAGAGCGAAAAGGUUUGCAUUCACCGCAUUCAGGAUACGGUUUGUCCAAGGGUUGUCCAGACUGGAUAGGGUUCCUUGCCCAUCCCGUACUGAACCCGAGAGCAGGUGAUAUGGCUCAAGAACAGGUCCAGCACCACUAUGGUUUAUAGAAUAGCUAGGACGGUCAUUGGAAU